AUGAUGAAAGCACUUCGAUUUCAUGGUCAAAAAGACAUUCGACUCGAUGAUGUUCCCAUUCCACAAUGCGGAAGAGGCCAGGUGAAGGUCAAACCAGCCUAUGUCGGCAUCUGUGGGACAGAUCUGCACGAGUACCUUGGAGGCGCCAACAUCAUGCCCACCGUCCCUCAUCCCAUUACCAAUGAGAAGGUACCCCUGACACUCGGUCAUGAGUUUAGCGGAGUAGUGGAGGAGGUUGGCGAAGGCGUGUAUGAUAUCAAGGUCGGAGCAAAAGUCACCAUCCAGCCCAUCAUAUAUGAUGGAACGUGUGGUGCGUGCCGGGACGGGUACAUCAACUGUUGUGACAAUAACGGGUUCGUCGGUCUUAGUGGUUGGGGCGGUGGGCUUUCCGAGCACGUGGUCGUCCCUCGAAAAGCCGUAUAUGAAAUUCCUGAGAACGUUUCUAUGGAGGUCGCAGCACUCGUGGAGCCAUUGGCUGUAGCAUGGCAUGCCGUCAACAUAAGCCCGUUCAAGAAGGGAGAUUCGGUCUUGAUCUUGGGUGGUGGUCCCAUCGGACUCGCAGUGAUUCAAACGUUGAAGGCCAGAGGAGCCGAGAAGAUCAUUGUGUCCGAAAUGGCGCCGCGACGAAUGGAGUUCGCGAAAAAGUUCGGGGCUCACUAUGUGCUGGAUCCUUCAAAAGACGACGUGGUUGCUCGCGUGAAGGAGAUCUGUGACGGGCGAGGUGUCAACGUGGCUUUCGAUGCAGCAGGCGUGCAAGCUGGGCUUGACCAGGCCAUCCAGGCCAUUCGUGCUAGAGGCACCCUCGUCAACAUUGCAAUCUGGGAGAAGACCGCAACCAUCACGCCCAAUUGGUUGUGUUUUCGAGAGAGGAAAUACAUGGGUGUUGCGACGUAUCAGGAGGGAGACUUUCAAGACGUCUUGGAUGCAAUCUCCUCCGGGAAGCUUCAACCAGCAUCUAUGAUCACCCGGAAGAUUCAGAUGGACGAGGUUGAGGAAAAAGGGUUCAAGGCGCUUGUCAAUGACAAAGACAAUCAUGUCAAAAUCCUCGUCGAGGUUAGCCCUUGA